CCUCACUUUCUAAUUUCUCUCACUCACUCUAAACCCUUUCUCUCAUUCUCACUGUCGUCUCUGUAAACCUUAGAAAUUGGUGGUGUCUCUCUCAAAAAUUGACGGUGUCUCUCUUAAAAAUUGGCGGUGACGGUCAUGGUGAUUGUAACGACGACGUCGCUUGCUUUAAGUGCCUGCACUACUCUGGUUUUCGUAGAGCCAAAAUUGACUGCUGAAA